AUGCACCACGACCCCUCCGCGUCUCUCCCGCCAGCCCGCUCGCAUCCCGCGCGCCCUGCGCGGGUCUCCAGUCUCUCCUCCGCGCUCCGCGCCGCUGCCCCCGCCACCGGUGAGUCGGCAGCUUUCGGUGCGGGGAGCGAGCCUGCAGGCGCAGGCGCGGCGGAAGCAGGAGUAAGCACAGAGGUCGCGGAGGGAGGGUCGGGCGGGGGCGGGGGGGCGGGUCACUCGAGUCAAGGCGGAGUGGGGGGGUUUUCCGCGGAGUCGCAGGAUUUCUGGGUGGUGAAGCACGGCUGGGGUGUGCCGACGGGCGUUGCGCGGGGAUUAGGGUUUACGGUGGCGCAGGCGGAGGCGGCGGCGGCGACCGGCAGGGAGGUGGUGGCGCCGAGGGGCGCGGGCGAGAUGGCAGCUCCAGCGGCGAUGGCGCUGCAUUCCGCGGGGACACACGGCGCGACGCACAGCGCGCACGCGCACGACGCGGCAGCGCCGGGGCUGACUAGCGGAGGGGAGUGGAGCGUGCUGAAGGAGUUCGGGCGGUGGCGCAAGGACGACCCGACGACGGCCGUGGCGGUGGCGGCGGUGAAGGCGCUGACGGCCGUGAUCGAGCGCAGCGAGGCGACGACGGUGAUGGGGCUCGAGGUGGAGCUGCGCCGCGCGUGCGACGACCUCAAGCGGGAGAGCAGCGGGUGCAUAUCGCUGCGCGCGGCGUGCGACAUCUUCCUGUGCUUCGUGAGCCGCACGUCCGUGGAGGCGGACGACCUGCCCGCCGCCAGGGCGCGCCUCAUCGAGCGCGGGCAGCGCUUCAGCGGCAUCUCCCUCAACGCGCGGCGCACGAUAGCGAUGCUGGGGCAGGAGUUCAUCGCGGACGGCUGUGUCAUCCUCACUCACGGCUUCUCCCAGGUGGUGCUGGCUCUUCUGUCGGAGGCAGCUGCUCGCGGCAAGUUCUUCUCCGUCAUUGCCACCGAGGGCGUGGUGGAGAGUGGCGGGGUGCUGUCGGCGGUGGGCGUGUUCCCCCUGGCCAUGGUGGCCAAGGCCAUGGGCAAGCCCUUCUACGUCGCCGCUGAGAGCUACAAGGUGCGUGCUGUGCUGCCCCACCAGCCCUGCAUGGGGGGUCGCCCCUGCACGGGGUGGGCGGAGGGGGUGUGGCCUGCAGAGAUGCUGUGGCGUUGCCAGUUCGCGCGCAUGUUUCCGUUGGACCAGAACGACUGGGAGCAGGGCAUCAGCGCACCGCCCUCCGUCACUCGCCCGCCAACCUCCCUCCCUGCCGCUGCUGACUCAGCGCCAGCAGCAGCGCGAGCAGCAGGCGUGGUGGGGGCAGAAGCAGCGCCGGUGGGGCCGAAGAGGGAGUAUGCACCACCGGACGUGCUGACGCUGUUGUUCACGGACCUGGGCGUGCUCACCCCCGCCGCUGUCAGUGACGAGCUCAUCCAGCUCUACCUCUGA